CCCGCGCCGCUAACCAACAGAACUCGACAGCAAGGUGGGCGACCUGGUCGACGAUAGUCGCACGAUGCGCGACGCCGCACACGACAUCAAGCAAACCAUCUCGGCUCUGCCCUCUCGUGAGGAAGUGAAGGAAGACCAGGCGGAGAGCUUAAUCCAACCCUUGGCCCAGGUGCAAGCCGACAUGAACAAGUCCAUCAAGGAGAUGCUGCAGGAUAGCCAGCACGACUUGUUGAAGCAGCUCGUCGAGCAGCAGCGCAAGCAGGUCGAGGAGCAGCUGCAGCCCAUUAAGGAGGAGCUGGCACAGAUGCGGGCGACGCUCGCCAAGCCACCCUCCAAUCCCGCUCCUCGUACGGAUAAGACAACUCAAGCUCUCCAAGGGGCUCUGAUCGCGUCGCUUCGCUCGGUGGACGAACUCAAGGACGCUUUGCUUCCCCUCAAUUUGGAGAAAACGCUCCCACAGGUCUUUGGCCUCGCAAAUCACCUCAACGUGGUCCACAACAAGAUCGAUCACGUGACAGUCAACACGCGCGGUCUUCCUGCAGUGCAACAGGUCCAACAAUCGAUUCUGGAGCGCAUCGUCCAGGUCCACGCCCGUACCGCCUCCCAGGAGCUGACGGGUCAGAAGCAAAUCGAGCUGUCUGUAAAGUUUGGAGAUAAGCUGUCCUCGCUCGAGGCUGACUCUCUCGCCAACGCCCAGGCGCUCAACGCCAUCGGGAAGGAAGUCGAAAAGCAGGCCGAGGCCGCGCGCGACGCAGCUUUGCGUCGGCAGAACGCUGUCGAUCAAUCAACACAGACCAACACCCCCUCGAUCUACGCAAACGUCAAUAAACAGGGUGGCGUCGAUGGUCUUCAACAUGGCCAUACUCUUGCUCUCGAAUCUCCGGUGUCAAGCAAUAGUCGUUUUCCGCCCGCAUUUGUCGACUCUCCGUCUGCUGUCGAGGACCUGUUUGACUCCCGCUUUCCCUCGUCGCAGGGCACGUCCCGUAGUCCUCAAUGCUCCUCUACUAUCGUGGAAGACCCUCAGACCGUUGCGCCCCCUGUCCAGCUGCCUAUUCCUCGUCCUGUUGGCCCUGUCAAGAUCAAGCUUAGGCGACGGGCGCCCGCUAACAAGGUCACAACUCCUCUAAUCCAGGAGGCACCCGCACUCAACAGCCCGUCGAAAGCAGACGAUGAGGCUGCCUCUGACCCCUCUUCAUCGUCUCUCAUCCCUUUUGGUGCAGCGUCUGACCCUCCGUCGAAGAAACGUAAGAGCCCAAAGCCAAGCGAAGUCCCCACGAGCACAAUGGCUGCUCCCCGUCGAACAACCCGGCAGCGUAAAACCCCUGUGAGAUGGGGCCAAACUCCUGCUCCCGAUGGAGACGACUAUAUCGUACUCGGAACACAGCCCCCCACAAGACCCUGCCGUCCUAUUGCACCCCUCCCUAAGAAGAGCAAAGGCAAACGCAAGGGGAAAGGCAAGCCAAAGAUGAUCGAGCCCAAAGUGGAGGUCGAGGACCCCCUCGCAUCGACUGGCCUACUCAUCGACCUGUCGACGGACAGUACCUACGACAACGGGGACAACGGCGAUGAAAGUGGCCUCAGCAUCCCCUCCACCACGGCCGACUCGUCCACCCUCCAUCCCAGCCUUUCGUCCAUCCAAUCCGACCCUCUGCCAGCCUCUCACCCCUCUGUCGUGAUGGAGACGUGCCUGCCGGCCUCUUCCGCAAUCGAGCCGCUGCACAUCACUCGGUCGGCUACCAGCAACCUCGACGGAUUAACUCGCCAGGCUUUCCUCGCUGCGCCCGACGAGAGAGUGGAGUCAGACGGCGAAGCGACAGAGGAGGACGACGAUCAGAACCCCGAAGGAUAAACGAGUGAUUUAUUGGCCGCGCCGAGAUCGUUAUUGUAGAAUGCAGCCGGCUGCUUAUCGUUUAUCAUGCAGAGAUAGUGGCUCCGCGCAUGUACGAAGUGU